AUGACUCGAGCAGAUCUGAAGAGAUACGGAUACCCGGAAGGCUUGGAAAACUGGACCCACCAGCCCCGCCCUCGUUCCGAAAAAAAUGCAGCAGACAAUUUCUGGUGCAAGUCCCUGCAAAAAAGUCCAGUUUUCUUUGUAGGCAGCCUUGCAUCGCCCAGUCCUCAGCCCAGCUACAGAAUCCCAGUCUCAACAAUGCCGAAGAACGCUAAGCCUGAGUGGCUGGUCGAGGGGAAACACAAGAGUGGACAUGCCAACGUCAUUGCUGAGCUUCGAGCUGUCCACCUGCCACCCCCAGAGCUUUGCAUCCAGUCCGAGGUUCUUGACCGUUGA